CCAGUGGGACCUGCAUAUGUAAAGCUCUACUUCAUAUUUAUAAGCUCCAACCGGGGGCUUUAAGUCCUUGAUUAGGAGCGUGCGAGAGAGCGUUUGGUCCCAACUGGCUGCGCCUAUAGGCUUGUCACCGGGAGAACAUUUUGUGUUAAUUGCGCCGCGCGCCGUGUCAAGGAAAACUUUGAUUUAUAGCUGGGGACGCGCAAAUAAUGGUGGCCGAGCGCACAUGGAUCCGGUAGAACUUUGCCUUCCUGAAUCUUUUUCCUUGCACUACGAAGAAGAGUGAUGUCAGAUGAAAAGGGUAUUAUGGCUGAAAUAUACACCAGAGGAAUUCAUUUUGGCAAGCCUGGUCCAUGUAGGCUUCUCUGCAGAAUGUCAAGCAAGGAUCGACACAUUGAUUCUAGCUGUUCGUCAUAUAUCAAGACGGAACCAUCCAGCCCCGCCUCCUUGACGGACAGCAUCAAUCACCACAGCCCUGGUGGCUCCUCGGACGCCAGUGGGAGCUACAGUUCAACCAUGAAUGGACAUCAGAAUGGGCUAGACUCACCACCACUCUACCCUUCUGCCCCAGGCCUUGGGGGUAAUGGUCCUGUCAGGAAACGAUACGAUGACUGCUCCAGUACCAUUGCUGAAGAUUCACAAACCAAGUGUGAAUACAUGCUGAACUCAAUGCCCAAAAGACUCUGUUUGGUGUGUGGUGAUAUUGCAUCAGGGUACCACUAUGGCGUGGCCUCAUGUGAGGCCUGCAAGGCUUUCUUCAAGAGGACAAUUCAAGGCAAUAUAGAAUACAGCUGUCCAGCAACAAACGAAUGUGAAAUCACAAAGCGCAGACGCAAAUCCUGCCAAGCUUGUCGUUUUAUGAAGUGUCUAAAAGUUGGCAUGCUGAAAGAAGGAGUCCGCCUAGACAGAGUACGUGGAGGUCGCCAGAAGUACAAGCGCAGAAUAGAUGCAGAGAAUAGUCCAUAUCUGAAUCCUCAACUAGUUCAGCCAGCCAAAAAGCCAUAUAACAAAAUUGUCUCCCAUUUGCUGGUGGCUGAACCAGAGAAGAUCUAUGCCAUGCCUGAUCCCACUGUACCAGACAGUGACAUCAAGGCUCUCACCACUCUUUGUGACCUGGCAGACAGGGAGCUGGUAGUCAUCAUUGGAUGGGCUAAACAUAUUCCAGGAUUUUCCACUUUAUCGCUUGCUGACCAGAUGAGCCUUCUGCAGAGCGCUUGGAUGGAGAUUUUGAUUCUGGGUGUUGUAUACCGAUCACUUUCCUUUGAGGAUGAGCUUGUCUAUGCUGAAGACUAUAUCAUGGAUGAAGAUCAGUCUAAAUUAGCAGGCCUUCUUGACCUCAACAAUGCCAUCCUACAACUGGUAAAAAAAUACAAGAGCAUGAAGCUGGAGAAAGAAGAAUUUGUCACCCUCAAAGCUAUCGCGCUUGCUAAUUCAGACUCAAUGCACAUAGAAGAUGUUGAAGCAGUUCAGAAACUUCAAGAUGUCUUACACGAAGCCCUUCAGGAUUAUGAGGCUGGACAGCAUAUGGAAGAUCCACGCAGAGCCGGCAAGAUGUUGAUGACGCUGCCCCUUCUGAGGCAAACCUCCACUAAGGCUGUGCAACAUUUCUACAACAUCAAACUGGAAGGCAAAGUCCCUAUGCACAAACUUUUUUUGGAAAUGCUGGAGGCCAAGGUGUGACCAAAGUAUCCCCAUGCCUUCCAGUUGAGUGCACUGAAAUUUUAACGAAAGGGAAACUAAAACAGGAAAACCAUGACAAAGAAACUUUAGCGUUGAAAUUAAGGAAAAUAACAUGACUGCACUGAUACUGAGCAGCAAGACCGAGAAGCAGCACCUCUUUAUAUUCUGUGUCUUUCCCGAUGCAGUUUUCCUUCUUCAUUUCUCUCUUCUUUUACUGUUUUUAUUUCUCUUGUCUUUGUAAUUUUUCCCCCUUUGCUGCUGAAUAUUUUAAGAAGAGGUCUCUAAUAGAACAGAGAUGGAAGCCAGGCCUGCCAAAGGAUGAAAAUCCAUAAUAUGGAUGCCAGUGAACUUAUUACGAACCACAAUACCCCAAUGACAAAGGAAUCGAAAGAGAACCAUCGUAACUAGCAGUACAGUACAACACGAUGAACUGAUUGAAUGCAGUAUUAGGUUUCACAAGAGCAGCCUCUAAUUAGAUGACUUCGAUGACGAUGCAUUGGCUGCUUCUUAUCAUUGCAUUUCCAUCUAGAUCAGUUACAGCCAUCUGAUUCCUUAAUUGUUUUUUCAAGUCUUCCAGAUAUUUCUUAGGUUAGCUACAAUGUAACUUUUUCAGGGAAUAGUUUAAGCUUUAUUCAUUCAUGCAAUACUAAAGAGGAAAGAUAAAUAAAUAAAUAAAUACUGCAUUUUUGUUCUGUCUUGAACAAUGAUGAACAAUUAAAUGAAGGACAAAUGAAUCCUGAAGGAAGAUUUUUUAAAAAAAACAAAUAUUUCAGUUCUUCUUACUAACAGAAGAUUUUUUUCUACCAGCUUUACCACUUUUCAGCCAUUUGUUAACAUGGGAAUUUAUCUUACUCAAGCAAUAGUUGAAGGGAAGGUGCAUAUUAUCACGGAUGCAAUUUAUGUUGUUGUGCCAGUCUGGUCCAAGACAUCCCAUUUCUUUGCAUGAGCUCCAGUUUAUACUGAAGUGUUCACUGAAACCAAGGAUUAGAUUACACCUGCAAUAUAUCUGAGUAGUCUAAUAUAUUCAGAUACCACGUCAAAUAGGAGUUGGAAAAGGAGUUAACAAGUAUUUCUGUUUGGCCAAGGUAUGAUUGCUACAUGAUAUUAAUUAAAGCUACAGUUUUCCUAUACAAAACCAUAGACUUUGAAAUACUUUCACCACACCCCAGCUAGCAAUAAAGUAAGAUCAGAUAUCAAAAUAGUCAGCUUCCAACCAAAUCAGGAAUUUAACACUUGUUAUACAUUAUUUAUUAAUUUAUUAAACAUUUAUUGGGGUAGAUUGCCACUUUCAAGCAAACAGCCUAACCAGUAUAUUGCUUUUUCAACCAGUGUUGUCAGGGUGUGAAAGUUGGUCAGUUCGAAGACUGUUACGAGGUGUAAUCUAAUGUAUAAACCAAUUAGAUGUCCCCAGAAAACUACAGUCGCUAAAUAACCAGUAAACAAUAACCGCCAUCAAAUGCUAUACCAAUGUACCAGUGUUAGUAGCUGCUCCCUGUACUAUGUGAACAACCUUAUUCUAUGUACACAAAUGUAAUUAAAAUUGUAAUCCUAACAAACAAAAGAAAUGUAGUUCAGCUUUUCAAUGUUUCAUGUUUGCUGUGCUUUUUGGAAUUCUUUAUGUUGCAUUCAAAGACUGUUGUCUUGUUCUUGUGGUGUUUGGAUUCUUGUGGUGUGUGCUUAUAGACACAGGGUAGAAUUAGAGACAAUAUUGGAUGUAAAAUUCCUCAGGAGACUUACAGUAGUAUAUUCUAAUCCUUCUGGUAAUAAGGUUCUUCCUAGUAAUAAUUAAGAAAUUGAAAAGUAAAAUCCAACCAAGUACUCAUUAUGAACAGAUACACACUGAAAUCAUAAUAUUUUCAAAACAAGGAAUAAUUUCUGUAACAGUUUAUUAUAGAAUACCUAUGUAUAGCUUAGAAAUAAAACUUUGACUAUUUCAAGAUUAUAGAUAAGUCUAAUUUUUAAAUGCUGUAAAUACGGCUUUCAUCCAGUCAUCUCUCAGAUGUUAACUUGCUCUGUGUUGUUGCAAAAACUUUUUUUAAAUGCAAACACGUUUUGAAAAUUAUCGCUACUUGUGUGCUUUAAACAAAAUACAGUAGGUUGAUGUUAACAUCAGCCUUGUGCUAGAAAUACUGUGUAUCUCUCAUUAGCUAUAUGGGAUUCUCUUGUAGAUUGUGUUUUUUCUCAGUAGAGAAGUGACUGUCAUGUGAUCCUAGAUAAAUCAUCAUUAGCAAUUCAUUCAGUUGGCCAAGAACUUGAAAUUAACAGUGUGGUAGGAGUUUGGAAAUUGGCACAUCCCUUUUGAAAAAUGACAAAACUUUUACAACUCCUGGGGGUGGGGUGGGGAAAUGGUGCUGAUUCUGUAAAAUUAUUUAUAUAUGUAAGAGUGCAGAAUAAUUAUUUUCCAGAAUAUUUGUGCAGGGUUUAAGUUCCUAGUGUUAACAACACUAUAUAUGUAUAUAUAAAUAUCUAAUAUAAAUAUUGUUUUUGCUGUAUCACAUUGAACUUGGGUUUUCAGGGUCAAUAACCAAUCAACACACUCAGAAAGGGAAAAAACAUACAAAGAUCUAAGGAAGGUGGAAUAUGUGAAAGGAACAUAGUGCAAUUUCUACUUGAGUUUUCAGUAAUUUUUUUAGAGCUGCAAUGAACAAAUAUCUCGUGGCUGUACAAAUAUAAACUGAAACAUAGAUACAUUGCACAAGCAUUAGAAUAGCAUUCAUCUUGAACCUUGCUGAGAGAAAUUUUCACAACCACUUACUUAAUGUGAAGUAUUGGGGAAGAUUUCAAGUAUGUUUUAGUGUAACUAAUUUCAUUUGGAGGUAUAAAAUCCACAUGGAAUUUCUCCUGUGCAAGGAAUUGAAAUGAAAGGGUAUGGCAUGAGACAUUCUCCGGUCUUUUUAGCUCUCCCAUUCAGUUCAAUGUGUAGAAGACAUUUCAAGUGGAUUGUACCCUGACCUCUUUUUUUCCCUUGUUUUCUUUCAUUUUGUUUCUUAUUUAAAGCAAUAUGAUUGUGUGACUCCUGGAAGUUACACAUUUGCUUCAAUCAAACCAGAUUGUUGUAUUUAUUCCACUAUUUUGCAUUUAAAUGCUAACAUAAAAAGAUAUAAAAAAUUAAAACUGCUAUUUUUCUUAUGGAAGAGAAAAUGGGUGUUGGUAAUUGUAUUUUAAUUAUUUAAGCGUCUCUGUUUACCUGCCUAGGAAAACACUUUAUGGCAGUCUUAUUGUGCAAAGAUCACAAAAGAAGGGGGAAACUGAAUUAAGCUGCUUGUUAUAAUCCAGGAGUUGCAUAAUAACCAGUAGUAAAAAUACAAAUUAAAAAAAAAUCAUGUCUAUAGCUGUAGAUGGGCUUCUCAUCUGUAAAGCAAUCAACUGUAUAUUUUUGUGAUGUGUAUCAUACUGUGUGCUCCAACCAAUGUCCAUUUGUGUAAAUGUAUUUAUUUUAUAUUGUAUAUAUUGUUAAAUGCAAAAAGGAGAUAUGGUUCUGUAACUCCAAUCAGUUCAGAUGUGUAACUCAAAUUAUGCCUUUCAGGAUGAUGGUAGAGCAAUAUUAAACAAGCUUCCACUUUUAA